AGGGUGGUCAAAAUUUAUUUAUUUUUAAAUUAAUUCAUUUUUUAUGUUUUUUUAUUUUAAUAUAUUUUUAAAUUAUCACUAAUCUGUUUCAUUAAUCACAGUAGUAGCAAUAUUUCCAUUAAAAACCAACUUUGUUUUUGAAGCUUGUCUUGUCUUGUAAUUUGCAAACAAGAGAGAGAGAUCAGAGAAGGAAGGAUGACUAGUAAGAUUAUCAGUGGAAAGAGAUUUGAAGGGAAAGUGGUAAUUGUGACCGCUUCAACUCAAGGUAUUGGCUUUUCCAUAGCUGAGAGGUUUGGAUUGGAAGGUGCUUCUGUUGUUAUCUCUUCUCGCAAGCAGAAAAAUGUAGAUGAGGCAGCUGAGAAACUCAAAGCUAAAGGCAUCAAAGUGUUGGGUGUUGUUUGUCACGUCUCAAAUGCACAACAGAGGAAGAAUCUCAUAGAGACUACUGUACAGAAAUAUGGAAAGAUAGACAUUGUUGUAUCCAAUGCUGCUGUCAAUCCAUCUACAGAUUCCAUUUUGGAAACCCAGGAAUCUGUCCUUGAUAAGCUGUGGGAAAUUAAUGUUAAAGCAGCUAUCCUCCUACUGAAGGAUGCGACCCCUCACAUGAAGAAGGGUUCUUCAGUUAUUCUGAUUUCCUCUAUUGGUGGCUACCAUCCACAUUCUUCCAUGGCUAUGUAUGGUGUCACAAAGACAGCCCUUUUUGGGCUUACCAAGGUGCUUGCAGCUGAGAUGGCUCCUCACACUCGAGUGAACUGUAUAGCUCCUGGGUUUGUACCAACACACUUUGCUGAUUUCAUUACAGGCAAUCAGACCAUUAGGAAGACGAUUGAGGAUCAGACCUUGCUUAAAAGGCUUGGCACCACAGACGACAUGGCCUCAGCAGUCGCCUUUUUGGCUUCCGAUGAUGCGUCUUACAUAACAGGAGAAACUUUGGUGGUAGCUGGAGGGAUGCCGUCCAGACUUUAGUUUCCCUCUCUUAAAGUUUACCCGAAGAAAAAAACUCGUUAUGAUUUUUCAGAACCCGCACCAAUAAAUUCAUGAAAGGAAAAUUUACUUUGACGCUCUUUGUUUUAUUUCUUUUUGGCAAAUUGACAUUGUUUCAUUGAGAUUUCCUUGUCGGAUAAGAUUGGCUUGUGAUAUGCUUGUUAAAUAUCAAAGUGGAACAGAAUGUAUAUGGAGGAAGCCACAAUGUAUUCCCUUCAUCAGAUAAUUUCCAUGGCAGAAUGUUAUGGAGUCGUGUAUUCUCCCACCUGACUUGCGGCUGGAACCUUUUGGUAUUCUGCUUCAAGUUUUGAUGGGAGUUCGCCUUCCUUUUGGUAAAGAUUAUUUUUCCUUUGAUCCAA